GUUCGACAGUUAUGAGUUUAGUUAAUAUUAUAAAAAGUGGUUCCUUCUUCCGAUUGUACUACUGCUAGCAACAGGCAGAGUAAACAAGUGAAAAGAAUAACACGCUGGGAAAGAAAACUACAAAAAUGGAGGUUUCAGAAGACAGAAAAGACAUACCGUGUUGAAUGUACAUACGUACAUAAAACAAACAUGCUGUGUUAAGUUCCUACAGAUACUUCACACAUCUUCAAAAAACAUUACUCCUUAAGUCAUACCAAGAACCAGAAAGUAUGCCCUAAAGCUAACACGCAAACAAAUAAUCAAUAAGUAAGCCUACAGCAUGCUCGCGGGCGCAUACUCUGUGACACGCUACGUAAUCUUCAUAUAUAUGGAUCGUUUCAGCAACCUUUGAUUAUUAUUGGUUCUUAGUGCUGCAGUGACCAUGGAAACGGAAACUGAUUCAGCCCAUGUUUAUAAUGGUCGUCCGGCAACAGCGCUUUUGAUUGUUUAAUUUAAGGGGAAACAGGAUUAAAGCUAUUCCUGAGAAGUAAAUGAAAAUGUCUGAGCUUGGGUUGAAUGAUCACCACCAGAAUGAGGUCCUUAAUUAUAUGCGUUUUGCCCGAACAAAAAGUGCACUGAAACUUAAAACAGUUGAUUCAUGCUUUCAGGACCUCAAGGGCAGCAGAUUGGUGGAAGAAACCUUUACUGUGGAUGAAGUAACAGAAAUGCUAGAAGGGCUGCAGGCUGUAGUUCACAGUGAAGUAGAAUCUGAACUCAUCAAUACCUCACAUACCAAUGUGUUACUAUUACGUCAGCUCUUUUCUCAAGCUGAGAAGUGGUAUUUAAAGCUGCAGACUGACAUAUCUGAGCUGGAAAAUAGAGAGCUGUUGGAGCAAAUUGCAGAGUUUGAAAAAACAGAGCCUGCAUGUGCACCCAAAAAGAGUUCUCUUCAGCUUGCACUAUACACUCAUGAUAAAUCUUCACUCAAAGAAAUACAAGUCACUUUAUGUGCUGCAGCAGCAGACAGUAAGGAUGUAGCACUGAAAGUGCAAGUUCCUGUAGAGUUUGGCUCUGUCAUGAAGGUUAAAUGUUCAAUCCUGACCUGCGGCUAA